ACAACGAGAAACAGAAAGUUCUAAGCUAAAAUAAUUUUAAACCAAUAAAAGUGCAAUGUAUUCGUUUAUGCAAAUGUUGUGUGUGAUUUUGCUGCCGGCUUUGGUCUGGUCAGCGGCGCUGGAGGAGGGCGAGCGUGAGGAGGCUUUGCACUUCAAUUUUCACACUGAAAAUGGACAUCAGCGAAGCGAGGACAUAACCUACACUGUCAGACCAGAAACGGAUCGGGCUGAUAGGGAGAAGGGCACCCCCAAGCCCGUGGAGUAUCGUGGCGGCUACAGCUUCAUCUCAGCGGAUGGCUACGAGUAUCAGGUGCUCUACAAGGCCAACAAAAACGGCUUCCAGCCCUAUGUAACAGCGCACAAGAUCAAGUCGGAUAAGAUCUGAAUACGAAUAGAUUUCUCUUGUGUUGUGAUAGACGAUAAAUAAACCGAAUUUUUA